AUGGCGUCGGCGCCAGCUCCGGCACCCACGCUCCCCGGCGACAACGACGACAACGACGAAGCGCUGCUCACGCACGGCCGCGGAUGCUCGCCGGUGCAGAGCAACGUAUCGCGCCGCGGGCACGGGCUCGGCCGGUCGUUCGCCACCGCCGACGGUGAUGAUGGCGCACUGGUACAAGAUUUUGCGGGUGACGCGCUGCCGAGCCGCGAGCAGCUCGCGCGGGCGGCAGGCCUCGUGGUCGUCGCGCAGAACGGCGUGCGCGUGCCGUUCGGGGAGCUGUUCGCCGAGCGCAAAACGGUGGUGGUGUUCAUCCGGCACUUUUGGUGUCCGCACUGUCAGGACUACAUGUACGCGCUGUCGCGCAGCGUCGACCCCGAGGCGCUGCGCCGCGGGAACGUCGACCUCGUCGUCGUCGGGAACGGCUCGCCGGCGAUGAUCAAGUCGUACAGACAGAUCUUCCGGACGCCGUUCCAGCUGUACGCCGACCCGAGCCACAGGGUGUACCACGCGCUGGGCAUGACGCUGCGCACGACAGACCCAGGGCCCGAGCACGAGCGCGGGCGGUACGUGCGCCACGGCGUCGUCGGGGGCAUCGCGAUGGUGGUGCGGAACGCGCUGCGGGUGGGCAUGCCCGUGUGGGAGAAGGGCGGGGAUCACGCGCAGCUCGGCGGGGAGUUUGUGCUGGGGCCUGGGUUGACGUGCGCGUACGCACACCGAAUGAAGAACACGCGGUCGCAUGCGCCCAUCUUGGACGCGACAGCCGCGGCAGGCGUG